AUGAAACAUGCAGUGACUUUGCCUUCCUUGUUGCAGAUCCAUAACAUGGUGGCAGUGCUAGAAGUGAUCUCCAGCCUGGAGAAAUACCCCAUUACCAAAGAGGCACUUGAGGAAACGAGACUCGGGAGACUUAUCAAUGAGGUGAGGAAGAAGACAUCCAACGAGGAACUUGCCAAACGUGCCAAGAAAUUGUUGCGGAAUUGGCAAAAGUUGAUAGAGCCUGUGACCCAGAAUGAACCGGUGCCAAGAGGGCUGCCGAAUCCACCCGGAUCAGCAAACGGUGGUGCUCACAACUGCAAAGCAGAAGCGCAACUUCCUGCUGUGGCUGGGUCAAAGCCCAUUAGGAAUGAUAUACAGAAACUAAAUUCUCCAAAAGCAGAGAAAUUGGGAAAUCGGAAAAGGAAAGGUGAACACAGGGACGGGCAUCAGGGCCCUCCUCCCCCAAAAGUCUCCAAAGCUAGUCAUGAAGUAUUACAAAACUCUUCAUCCCCUCCAACAAAUGGAAUUGGAGGUAGUCCUGAAAAUUUUCCUAGUCCUGUAGACGUAAAUCUACACGCAGGGCCUGAAAGCAGCAGGACAGAACUCAGUGAAAACGAUAAACACAGUAAGAUCCCAGUAAACGCUGUAAAACCUCACACCAGUUCUCCAGGACUUGUAAAACCUUCAAGCACUUCCUCGUUAUUAAAGACUGCGGUGCUUCAGCAGCAUGAUAAAUCGGAAGAAACCACAGGACCCCACCAACCUAAGAGUCCUCGCUGUUCCUCGUUUAGCCCUAGGAAUGUUAGGCACGACACUUUUGCUCGGCAGCAUACUACGUACUCACCAAAGGAUUCGAUGCCUAGUCCGUCUCAAAGGUCUCAGUUCUUAGAUACUGCACAGGUGCCAUCGCCGCCACCAUCCUUGAUGCAACCCUCGACACCUCCGAUGCCAGCAAAAAGACUGGAGUUCGCUCAGCAGUCGGUAGCUGAGGUGGCUCAGCACUGGCAGGAGCAGCAGGUACCUUCGGAAAGCCAGCACAGGCACACAGCAGGGACCCUUCAACAGCACACAUCUCCCGGCUGCAAAACCAGCUCCCACCCUGGGGAAUCUCUCGCGCCACACGUGGGCUUUUCGCAGGACGCUUCGAAAAUGGACAGCGAUGAUGCUGCUUCAGGUUCCGAUAGUAAAAAGAAGAAAAGGUACCGACCCAGAGACUACACGGUCAACUUGGAUGGGCAUGUGACAGAAGGGGGUGUGAAACCAGUGAGGUUAAAAGAGCGAAAACUCACUUUUGAUCCCAUGACAGGACAAAUAAAACCUUUAACACAGAAAGAUCCUUUGCAGGUAGAAAUCCCUGCACUGACUGAACAGCACAGGACAGAAACGGAAAAGCAGGAGCAAAAACCCAACCUGCAAAGCCCUUUUGAACAAACGAACUGGAAAGAAUUGUCCCGGAAUGAAAUCAUUCAGUCGUAUUUAAACAGACAGAGUAGCUUGCUGUCUUCCUCGGGAGUACAGACUCCAGGAGCUCACUACUUCAUGUCUGAAUAUUUAAAGCAGGAGGAAAGCACUAGAAAAGAGGCUAGAAAGACUCAUGUUCUAGCUCCUAACAGCAAACCUACAGACUUGCCCGGGGUCACGAGAGAGGUCACGAGCGAUGACCUCAACAGAAUACGCGAACAUAACUGGCCGGGCGUGAACGGUUGUUACGAUACACAGGGUAACUGGUAUGAUUGGACACAGUGCAUAUCUCUAGAUCCACACGGGGAUGACGGUAGAUUGAACAUCCUGCCUUACGUCUGCCUAGACUGA